UUCCUCACUGACACUUACACCACGACGGCUCGAAAAAAAGCGUAUAAGACUCAUGAUAAGCCGGCUCCGUCAUACUCAUGACUGGUUUCUCUCGCAACCCUCCAUGAGAAGACACAAACCUUUCGCAUAGCACCAAUAUCAGUCUCCUGCACAUCAUGGGGCCCUCACAUACCCUCAAUCCCAAGGGUCUCGCCCACUCGCUACCCGCCCUUGCCCUCCUGCUCCUCACCUCGUCUCCCUUCUUGGCCGCCGCCUCGGCCUCGGCCCCAGAUCCGGCAUCCGCGUCGCCGCCGGCGGAGGCCGAGCUCAUCUGCCACACCGACAACCCGGCCGAGUGCUACCCGCGGGUCUUCUCGGCGACCGACGAGUUCCAGGUCGUGCGCGAGGACCAGGACCUGCCGCCGGGCCUGCACGUGCGGCUCGACGUGCAGACGGGCGAGCGGCAGGCGAAGCUGCACGACCCGGCCGAGGCCGACGCCGGCGCGCUCGCGGGGCUGCCCGUGGACCGCUCCGUCGUCGUCGUCGACGGCGGCGGCGGCGCCCUCGACCCCGAUCAGAUCCCGCGCGGCGCUCCCGCCUACGAGCCCGUCGGCAGGGUUAAGGCCCCGCAAGCGCAAGACGAGGGCUUCGCGCGCGCGCUCGCCGCCGCCAAGGACGCCCGCCCCGACGGCGACGACGCUGCCCUCGUCGCCGCCCUCGAGGUCCUCGAGGACCUCGCCCACGACAUGUACUACGGGCUGCAGCUCGCGUCGGAUGCGGCGGCCGUGCGCGCGCUGCUGUGCCUGCUCGCGGCGCCGGGCGCCGGACCCGCGCCCGACGCACCCGACGCGGCGCUGACGCGUCGCCCCGACUUCCUCGCCGCGUCGGCGCUGGCCGCCGCCGUGCGCAACAACCCGCCGGCGCUCGCCGCAGUCGCCGCGUCGUGGGACGCCGCCGUCAGCGCGCCGUGCGAGCCGCCCUCGCCCGGCCGCCCGUCGCUCCGCGCCGAGUUCUACGCGCGGCUCGCCCCGCCGCCGGGCGCCGCGGGCCGCGCCCACGCCCACGCCACGCGCGUGCGCCUCGCCGUCCUCGACGGCCUGCUGCGCGCGCCCGCCCUGCGCGACGAGUUCCUCGCCCGCGGCGGCGCCGCCCAGCUGCUGCGCAUCCUGCUGCACCCCGGCGCCGGCGCCGACGACGACGACGACGCCUGGGCCCCGCGCCGCGCCAAGGUCGCGCGCCUCGUCGCCGACACGUUCCUCGACGAGGAGGCGGGCGCCACGCUCGGCGUGUGGCCGCCGCCACUGCCCAGAGCGGAAGCACCAGCGCCAGAGGAGGGCGAGGGCGAGGGCGAGGGCGCGACGGGCUGCUGCGCUGGCGAGGGCGCGCUCGACGACGCCUGCUGGGAGUUCCAUCUCGAGGCCAUCGGCCGCGCGAGCGAGAGGGACGCCGCGUGGAGCCGUCCGCUGCUCGACCUGCUGAGACGGAGGCGGCCGAGCAGCGCGCCCGCGGCAGAGCAGCUGUCUCCCGUGCGCGACGAGCUGUAGGAAACACGGAGGGGCAGUGAAGACGGGGACAUUUCUACGUAGGAUGCCUAUUGGUUAGGCGCGGAGGCGUUAUCGGUGCAUGCAUACAUAAAUACCUAUUAUAUCUCGCGGGGUGGGCAAUACCUCCCCGCGGAGCAGAUAAACAAAUACCCGCCUCGCGUAUAUAAAUCUAUAUUGUUCUAGGUGUGUUUACGAAAUACGCAUCGAUAUAUAUGCGAAACCGGUAUGUCUAUUUGUAUAUACUAGGUGUCUAAGCCAUUGGUACUUCUCCCCUCCGGUCGUGGCCGCGAGCCCACGACUUCGUAAAG